AAAAAAAAACCCUGAAUCUUCCACUUUGAAAUGCCUCCAUUGACGAAUAUGUGGCCUGUGCUAUUUAUAGACCUGUGGAUGAUCUCGAUGGUAGCAGGGGCCAACAAAGUGCUAUUGGACCUGGCAGGGCCCGGAUGUGGACAAACUGUUGACCUCAAGGACAUGAAUGACCUGGCCAUCGUGUCCGGGAAGGCUGGGGUUAACGCCCCUUCCAAGUGUGAGAUCACCCUCAGAACAGACCCAGGGGGGAGAAUCCAGUUUCUCAUUGACGUCAUCAAGUUCUCUGGCUGCUCUGCUGAGAUUUACAUUUCUGAUACAGCUCCAUUGACCAGCAUCCAAUGCUCAAAUAACAACAAAGCCCCUUUGUAUAAAAAGUCAAACAGCAAUUUCCUGAAAAUUGAAGUGAGAUCUAAAGACACCCGUCCACAGUUGUUUGACAUCAGUAUCAAGUUGAUGAAUGAUUUAGGGCCAAGCUUAUUGGACUCCAAAAAUAUAGCAAAUACGCUGGAGGAAAGGGUAGCUUUGGUGGACCUCAAUGGGGCAGGGUGUGACGCAUCUGAAGGCUUCUACCUGAAGGACCUGAACGAUCUGGCUGACGUCUUUGCUUACAUACACACCAGCGCUAUGGCCACCAGAGACCACUGCGAUGUCACUCUGAGAGCAGACGCGGGUCACGUUCUUCAGUACAAGAUAGAACAGAUCCAGUUCUACGAGUGUGGCAUUGAUAUCAUCAUCUAUGACAACCCAACGCAGGACGUCGAUCCUCUUCACGUAAUUAAGUGUCAGGACAAUGCCAAGGUCAUCUGUGGCAAGUCAAGGACAAACUACAUCAGAAUACGGGUGCGCAAGGCUACGCCACAGACCAAGAAUUACCAGUUCCGUAUGAAGCUGCGUAGUGAUUUAGGUGCACCAUUUUAUUGUGAUGAGCCAAGCAAAAAUGGAUCAGCAGCACAGGUGUCUGUGUACACAGUUGUGAUUGCUGGGAUAAUUUCCUACCUCACAAUGGCUGACACACAUCUCACAUAAGCUGAUGGAAAUACACACUAAGGCAAGGUGUACGUGUAUGCCCAGAUGUCAGCUGACCCUAAGGGGUUUGUAUGUGUACGUAUAGUGUACACGUACACCCAGAUGUGAGUGGGUAGUGUGAACCACAGGCAACAUCCAGACAUAGGUCUAUUAAAUCCUGGUCGUGGACUUGUAUCCUUACACCACAUAUAAACUUGCGAUGUAUACUAUACUUGUCUAGAAAAAAUAAAUGACUAGGUCCCCUAUACAUGUUCUGAUAAAAUUAAUUUGACAAAGUUUUUUCUUUCCUAGACUUGUAUAGUCCUACAUGUGGGUAGUGUAAACAUGCUGUUAGGAAAUAAUAAUUUCAAGAGAAUAUCUAGUGUCAAAACAAACUUUUUUAUACUUCGCACAAUGAGUUUGGCCUACUUUUAAUUGAAACUGCCGCUAUUUACACAUUUAUUGGGGCAUAAUGUAAAUAUAGUCACAAUCCUCUUGUGUAGUUGGUGGCAAGUUUAUGUAGAUGUAUAUUUUUCUAAUGAAUGACUUAUGUAAGAUAGAAUAGAAAUGUAAUUUUUGUGUGAAUGUGCUUGUGUGAGAGGAUGUAAUUUUUGUGUUAGUGUGCACAUGUGUGAGAGAAUGUAAGUUUUGUGUGAAUGUGCUCAUGAGUCGAUAUAGAUGGCUAGCAAUAAAUUUGACAAGAAAAUAAGUAAGCGGAGCAAGUUUUUUGUUUUCAAAUUUAUUGAAUUUUUAUUUAAAAUAUUGCUUUAAGAAUGUACCUUAGGAUUAAAAGGAUAUUUUGCAAUGAAUAUACAGCACUUAUUAUGAUAAAUUUUAAGCAGCCUUAUAAAAAAAACGCCAGUGUGAUUAGUGUAUAUAUAUGGCACUUUUAUAAGGUUAGUUACAAUUCCAGACAGGUCCAAUUCAAGUAAAUCAUGAUUUAAAAACUUUCUUGUAAAAACAGUAAUAACCAAUACAGGUACUCGUGGAUCAAAUGAAAGCACAUGCUUCAUUAGUUAUAAAUCAUGUUUUGCUGGGUAAUAGAACAAUAUUGCUAAAUGUUUUUAUUUAGAAUAAUAAAAUAUAUAAGAAAUGCACAUUUGUGUCAAUUGUAUACCUUUUAAAAUGGAAUAAAGUUUAGAACAUGUUACAACACAGCAGAAAAAAUAUUUAAUUAAACUCAACUUGUUUUUUUAGACUGCGAAUAUACUUUAAUCCAUUUUAUCAUGUUUUUUUUAUACUGCAAGUAGUGCAAGCAUAGUAAUUGUAAUAAAUUUUCAAAAAAUAUAUUUAAGUACGUUACAAUAAAAUCUUAAAAGCUGAUUAAUGCUGAACAUAUUUAGAUGCAAUGUCACUAUUUAGGAUUUAUCUAUACCGGCUAUAAUGUGGUUUAUUUUUGUACUUAAGUUACCAUUGUCUUUCACAAACAUUUUUUAUACUUGUUUUUCCUUUAUUAAACUUUAUUAUUUACUGCAUAAAUAUUUGUGUCUGUUAAAACAUAGAAUAAAAUGUAUCGAAAAUAAAAAUCUCACCUUAAGUAAAUGUGGAGAAAGGGCUUAAAAUUUAG